CUGUGGUCAGUAACACAUGCAUGCAAGUACCUAGUGGUUGGAAGUACGGCAUCCUUUGGGAUUUCUUUACAUUCUUGAGUUCCGUCCGGUUCGUGUCAGGAGUGUGUAGUGGGUGGUUAAUAUUAAUCUAUGGGCACUUGGUACUUAUAGUACGAAGUCUUGUGAUGUACAUGUUAUAUAUGUAGUAAUUAUAUAACAGUUUGUAAAUAUGAUUUGCCCACGCAUUGUGUAGCUUGAAUAAAUCAUUUGUCCAGUGUAUUUCAACAAGCGCCAUGGAAAAGAAGCAAAAUAGAGUUUAUAAAGUCGUUCUCACGGGAGGUCCUUGUGGUGGUAAAACUACUGGGCAGUCACGAUUAUGCACGUUCUUCGAGAAUCUUGGAUGGAAGGUUUUUCGGGUCCCAGAAACGGCCACUGUGUUGUUAAGUGGCGGCAUCAAAUUCUCAGAUCUUUCGGCCGAAGAGGCAUUCAGAUUUCAAGAAAAUCUGCUGAAAACCAUGCUUCAGAUUGAAAACACAUUUUUUGCUCUUGGAGAAUCGUGCUCUCGAGACUGUCUUAUCAUCUGUGAUAGAGGUGCCAUGGAUGCAUCUGCAUUCAUUUCUCGUGAAAAAUGGGAACAAAUGAUGGUGACUAACCGCUGGAAUUCGGUGGAACUGAGGGAUAACCGCUACAACCAGAUCAUCCACAUGGUGUCUGCUGCGAAUGGAGCUGAAGAUUUCUAUACUACAGAGGAACACGCUUGCCGCAGUGAAGGAAUGGAACUAGCACGAGAAUUGGAUUACAAUGCUGCUGCUGCUUGGGUGGGACAUCCGUACUUUGAUUUGAUUGAUAACUCGACUGAUUUUGAGACUAAGAUCUGCAGGAUGAUUUCAAGUGUGUGCUUGAAACUUUGUAUAGACACUGGCGACCGCCUGUUAACAAAUUCACGGAAACUCAAGUUUCUGGUACGAGGACCCUUGCCACGAGAUUCGGUCUUCCCACCAUUCCAAGACUUUGAUGUGGUACAUAAUUACUUACAGACCAAUACCCCAAAAAUGCAAGCAAGGCUGAGGAAACGAGGUCAAAAGGGUCAUUGGAGUUAUAUUCAUACUAUUCGCAAGCCAAAGAUUCGAAACCAAGUGGUGGAAGUGAGAACUCAACUCACACAUCGAGACUACAUGAAUUUACUUGCACAGAGAGAUGAUUCACAUUUCACAAUCUUCAAGAAAAGGCGAUGCUUCCUUUUUAACAAUCAGUACUUUCAGUUGGACAUUUAUAAAGAACCUUGUCAUCCUAGGUGUAAGGGACUGAUUCUUCUGGAGACGUAUACCACCUCAGAAGAUUGCAAUGUUCAGAAAAGCUUGCCACAGUUUCUUACUAUUGUUGAAGAAGUGACUGGCAAUCCACUGUACUCCAUGUUCAACCUUUCUUUGCGUGAAGAAUGGACCACUACGAAAAAGUUCUGUCAUGCAUUACAAGGUUAGCUAUGUUUCCGUUUCAUUGAGUAGAAAUCAUUGAGUUAACGUAUGGGAAAAUAGAUUCCAUCCUGAACAGAACAUGUAACAGAUGGUAAUGAAAAACAAUAUACUGAAGUGAAAAAGCGAGGUAGGGUACAAAAGUUUUAAAGGUUGAUAUUCUCAUUACCAUGUCUCUCUUCUUCUUCUUCUUCUUCUAUGGCUCUCCAGUCUGUAUUCGGUCCAUGGCCUCCUCA